AUGUGGAGAACAGAUUGGAAGGAGCCAUCCUGGGAGUGUGGAGACCAGCUGGAUGUGUUGGUGGCAGCAAAAACGGAACCAGGUUUAGACUGCUCUAAAUUUGUACAAGUACCAGAGUUUGGUUUUGGCCAAAUCAUAAUUGUGAGUGAAAAACCAUGAAUUGAGAACAUUGUUAUUUGCUCCUCAACUGCUUUCUCUCCCCCCCCCCCAACUGCUUUCUUAAAAUCAGCAAUUUGAUAGAGUGUCUGCUUCAGAAUGUACACAGAAGGUGAGGCUAAGAAAAUAGGAGUGGUUGGCUGGGUGAAGAACACCAGCAAAGGCACUGUGACAGGCCAAGUGCAAGGCCCUGAGGAGAAAGUCAAUUCCAUGAAGUCCUGGCUGAGCAAGGUUGGAAGUCCUAGUUCUCGCAUUGACCGCACGGACUUUUCCAAUGAAAAAACCAUCUCUAAACUUGAAUAUUCUAAUUUUUCUAUUCGAUACUAAUAGAAAUUAUAAUGUUUAGACUGCAUAGUAGACACUAUAGGGUAAUAGCAAAAUAGGGUGAAAAAAGGAACUCUGUUCUGAAAACUACAACAUUACGUAUAUUACUAAAAAUGUUGGACACUGGAAUAGUUUUACUCAACUAGGUUUUUAACAAGCAGAAAUUAGUAUCCUAAAAUUUAAAAUGUCAUUACAAAAUAUUUAACAUGAAUAUUUAAUUUAAACCUGUCUCAUGAAAACUAAUUCUAAUGAAUGUUAUAUGUUAUUUGGCUAGGCUAGACAUAAAUAAAGUUAACCAUUUAAAAAUUAUUUUUAUGUACUGUUGUCUGAAUUAAAUUCUACAACUUUCCAAAUAAUUUGUUAUUAAAGUUGAGUAAUUUUAAUUAUUCAAAAAGAACCAGUAAGUGGAUAUAAAUGUAUAUGAUGAUCAGUAUAACCGUAAAAUAAUAUCAAUAAAGAGUUAAAUUUUUAAGUUCUGA